AGUACAAUAACUAGCGUGUCAUUUUUUAAAAUGGUUUGUUUUGACUUUCUUUGCCCGAAAUUUCCGUUACCUUUUUCAUAUUAGCUGGAAUAAUGUUUUCCCCUCCAACAUUUCCUUGUUUGUGUCAACUGAAACGAAGUCGUCCAUGACCAGCGAAGGGUAAACAGGAAGUGAAACUACAUGCUAAAUUUGUCAGCACAGCUAGCUGAAACUGUUCAGUCCGACUGACUGUUUUAGGAAAUCUUGAUCUAAAAAUAUCCGUCAUAUUAUUCCUGCAAAGGACUCGAAUAGCCAUUAAAGACCGAAAACAAUGCUUUUCAUCGUGACAGUAGAGAGGAACUGACAGAAUGGGCAAUGCCGUGUUAGCGGGAUUCCGGAUUUGAAGAAGAUUGCACAUCCAGCAAUUUGAGUUGUACAUUAUGACAGACUCCCUUUUCCUGUGCCACGCUCCAAGGAAUCAGUCUUUACAGUCACGAUAUUGAUCUGGUCAUGCGUUAUUGGCACGUUUCUUCAUACGUGUCUUAGCAGUUGUUUAUUCAUCACAACCAUAAUCAAAAAGUGCAACUUACUGCAAGUAAGAUUACCCUAUCUGCAUAAUGCUAUACCGCAUAUUGUCAUCAUGGUUCUGGUUCAGAUCAAAUCGCCCUGGUUUCUUCCUCGGAAGUGCUUUAUUGCUAUUAAUAAUGUUACUGCUAUAUUCCGGGGGCAUUCAAGCAAGUUUAAGUUUAGGGCCAGGAGGGGACUUCCCAAGAGUCCAAGAUCUGUUCUUUUAUGCCUUCAGUCAUGAUGAGCUGCCUUCUCUGGUCAUCAAUAUUAUCUUCCUGCUGCUUCUUGGACCAAGACAGGAGCAGCGUUGGGGCACAGUUGCCUUCCUUGCCCUCUCUAUCCUGUCCAUAGCCACAUUGCCGCUUUUCUAUACCAUUGUUCUUUGCAUUGGUGGGGGAGAGGCCAGUCGGAUCAGUGGUUACUCAGCCCCCCAGCUGGCUCUUUUUACAGCUCAGUGUCGUCAAGUGACACAAAGAAGGGUGUUGAGAUGGGUGCCAGUGUGGUUUCUACCAUGGCUUCUGUUACUCUUCAGUCUGCUGUUGCUGCCCAAUACACCUGCCCUACUUCACUUCUGUGCCAUAUGCAUUGGACACAAUUACAGUCAGUCUUUCAUUGAAAUUUUACAGGAGCAAGAGCGGAACCAAAUCUUUGACCUCAUUCCUAACUGGGCGUGUUUUCGCAUCUCCACCAUUUUCAGGCUGCCCACUUACACUUCCUCACAGAGAUCUGAAUCACUUUCUGAGACAAUAUCUGAGGAUCAGGUACUGCCUUCCAAUCACCCCACGUCGAGAGAUCCUUGUCUCAUGAAUCAGCAGCCAUGGAUGGAGCCUGGGUCUGCUUGGUCAACAGAGGCUUCUGUUGUACUGUCUGAGGCACAGCUAUUGGAGGAACAGAUGCUAAGAGUGGGGAUACUGGCAUCUUUACAGGAUACUGCUGAGGAUCCUGACACUAAAGUGGAGGUGCCAAAAUCAUCAGUGUCCUCUCUUAGACUACAGCAGUUGGAAAGGAUGGGGUUCCCCACUGAAAAAGCGGUGGUGGCUUUAGCAGCGUCCAAACAACUGGAUGGCGCAAUCUCCCUUCUUAUUGAUGACCGUGUUGGGGAACAGGCGGUGGUAGUGUCAAAGGGCAAAAGCCUGCGGCCACCACAAGAAAAGUGUUUGAGGAGAAUGUGUAUUCCAUGAGCUGACACCUUUCGGAGAGAAUUUGAAAUGGAAAGCCAAAGUAUUAAUAAAUAGCUGAGUUCUGAA